AUGAGUACGCUCAGUCCGGUGAUUAAAAUCGGCCUUCACAUUUUCGGCGUUUGGCCGUACUUACCGUCUACUAUACUAUUUAGAUCGUAUUGGAUCGUGAUGCUGAGUACGGCUCAAGUCUUUCAGUACCGAUACGUACUCGUAAAUAUCGGUAUGGACGAUUUUUCUCAGUUCAUGGACGGAGUGAGUAGCGCAAUGGCGUCUUCUCUGCUUUACAUCAAACUCGUUAUUUUGUGGGUUAAUCAACGAAUAUUCUUUGAUCUAUUGCAAAUAAUGGAUGCGGACUGGCGAGACUACACCUCGAACGGUUCGCGCAUAAUGAAGAGCUCAGCAGACCUUGCACAUCGCGCCUCAAGGUGGAUCGUCGGCCUCCAAAUAGGCUCUGUAACUUUCUACAGUCUCGGCGUCCUCGCCGCUAAUGUAAAUGAUCCCGGGAAAAUAGAACCGUAUACACGAGAACUUAUUCUGAAGAUGGCAUUGCCAUUCAACAUUAGUACGGAAGCUAUUUACAUAGCGGUUCAAAGCGUUCAAUUUUAUCACUUGUUCUUAGUCGGCCUCGGCAUUACAAUUGUCAAUUCACUUCUCGUCACUCUGUCGAUCGGUGAACCCAAUGGCGCGGCAAUCAUGGUAAAGUCUCUAUUAUUCUACAUCACGAUGAACCUCGAGGCGUUCAUAUACUGUUUCUGCGGUGAAUAUUUGAGCGCCAAGAGCGAAAUGAUCGGACAUGCGGCGUACGAUUCCCUUUGGUAUGACUUUCCGGCUAAAGAGGGCCGAAUUAUGCUGCUCGUCAUUGUGAGGUCGCAAAAAAGAUUAAAAAUUACCAGCGGAAAAGUUGUGGACCUCUCUUUGGAACGUUUCACCAGCGUUGUGAAAGCAUCGGCGUCAUAUAUAUCAGUGCUAUUAGCAAUGCAGUAA